AUGGAGCUUGAGCUUUUCAGCAUCACAGUCCUUGGCGGCUCCAGAUGUGGCAAGACAACCCUGAUCAAUGCCUUCGUGAACAAUUACUGCCCCAGCGUGGCGGAGGAGACAGAGAGUGCGCAGCUCUACUACAAGACGCUCAGCGUGACCUCCAAAGGGGAUGCGGCCGCGCCGCCACAGCCUGCUCUUGUCGAGAUCGAAGAUACCUAUGCGGCCUCCAAGACUGACGGCAUGGAUGCGUACAAUGAGCCUCGCAAGAUAGAGAACUUCCUGAGAAUGGAUCGAAGCGUGCACGCAGAUGGGGAGGCUGUGGAGCUGCUGCAGGGCUUCGAAACCCCAGAGGUUGGGGAGUACCGCCCUCUGUCAUCUCAGCGCAUGGCAUUCAUGCUCGUCUUCGACUGCACGUCCCGGACUUCGCUGAAGGAGGCACAAGACCUUCACAAUGCCUUGAGACUAGACAUCGACGCUGUCACAAGACCUGUAGUGUGUUUGGUAGCGAGCCGUCUGGAUGCGGAUGUCACAGAUGGAGAGCAUCGUCGUGCGGCGCAAAGAUACGCCAAAGACAGCAACAUCUCCUACUUCGAGCUUUCCGCCUAUGACUUGAAGAAGGUAAAGCAGCUCUUUCGAAACGUCCUCAGCGAGAUCUACUCCAGAGAAGAUCUGUGGAGGCACAUGCAAAAGAGACGAAAGGCCUUCAGUCGUGUGGAGGACAUCGACAAGAAUGAGUUCGACAAUGAGAACAGCCGAGAGGCACAGAAGAAGGCCGAGGAGGAGGAGUACACACGAUUGGAACGCGAGGCUGCCGAGGCAGCCCGGGAGAACAAGGUGCGCAUGUCCCGAGCAGCUGACGCCGCUGAGGCCGAAGAGCGACGCCGUCAAGCCAGCGAGGAAGAGCGGCGUCGGAGCACGCAGGAGGCGUCAAAAGCACUCCACCAGUUAGGAGAGCAAGAUGAGGACCCGGUACCGUGCGAGCCACAGGUGAAAGCGAUCGCCGCAGCCAUGGUCUCGUCUGCACCGCCGACAUCCUCAGGGCCAAGGCUUCGCUGGGAAAGAAAGGCCUUCGCACCGCCUUUGCCACCUUCAUCGCCUCCUCCAGGAGCGAACAGCCAGACCUUAAGUGAAGAUCGCUUUGGUCUUGCCAGAUGGUUGCCGCCAUCAUUCUUCUCGUAG